GUAUUGUUGUAUAAACUGGUGCAGUAAAUUAAAACAAAAGCACAGAAUGCUGGUACUAAACUCUCUGUUAUGGCCAGCUUGUGAUUUUAUCUAUAUUGUUCCUCUUUUUUCAGAGUCAAUUUGAAUGGUUACUGUUUCUCCUGGAUUGUUUGCGUGGUCUGGUUCGAUCCGAUUUAUCUUGUUCAUGUUCAGGAUCUUUAGAUUUAAAUUACAUUUCUACACUUGAAAUCUGAACUUCUUCAAACUGAAAAGAGUUUGAAGAGUUUUCAGUACAAAUUAAAUAUUGCUGCAUUUUAAACUUGCUAUAUGAUUCAUUUGGGCCAUUACGUGAUAGGUAUUAUUAUAUAAAUUAUUGUAUAACUCUGUGAAACUGCCUGAAGGCCAUGACUCUUAAUAAUAGUUUUUUUCCCCUACCACCCUGAGAAAGUUGUUUUACUGGACAGCAUCUCUGCACUUUGUUCUGCUUUCAUCAGAGCCUCUUAAUCUCAACACAUGACACAUACUUGCACACAUAUUUCACUCCCUGAUCGCUCAAAGCUUAAAGUGUUUCUCUGGAUGUUUGACAAAGAAAUAGUGUUUGUAAUUCCUUGACAGUGUCUGCUUUCUUCACAUCGGUACCUCAGUCUGCCAGAGGUGGCCUGUGCCUUUUUUGGUCUGAUGUGAAGGGGUCACCUACCAGCCCCGCUUAACAAGAUGGGCAAUGAGAACAGCACUUCGGAGCCUCCGGCUGCAGUACACACUGACAAGGAGAAGUCUGCCACUGCAGAGAACGGAUCUGUCCACACUGAUUCAGUCAAAGCAGAGCCACAAGUGUCUGCUGACGAGGAAGAAAAGCUGAGAAGACAGGAAGAGGAGGAUAAAGAGGAGCUAGAGUUUCCUCAUGAUCUGCUGCCCAGCAUAGACCUCGACCUCAGCACUGAGCUCAAUCUCACCUGGGGAACCUCGCUUGGUUGUGAGCAGGGGAGCUUGGCUGAAAUGAAGAAUGAGGCUGUGGCACUGGGUGGCACUGCCAACCCUCUGCUGGCAGGCCUAGAGCACUACAUGGAGGCCAGUCCACCAGUAGUGGGCCUCAUGAAGAGCUGUGAUGGUGACCAUGUUUCUACUGAGACAGCAUCACUGGCCCAAGCCCACUUGUCUAGCGAAUCUCAGCAACAUGUUCCAUCCCUCAGUCCUUUGGCUGCCCAGAUGGAUGAUGAACUCCAGGAAGCUUUAAGGGAAUGUGAAGAUGAAAUGGCUGCUCUUGGCAUAUACUCCCAUGCAGACACAUGGACUGCAGGUGAUCUGGAUAGGCUUUUCUCUGUAAGUGAUGAGAAAAAUCAAACCGAGAAAGCUGAAGUCAAAAAGGAUUUUGGUUCAUCUUCACAUAAACCUGCCAAAUUUCAUGAAGGUUGCCAUGGAAAUGAUGGCGCGCACACAAAUGACUCAACAGCGGGUGAAGAGGGGGUGUUUAGCUUCAGAGAUUAUGUUCUAGGAAGAAAGCAAAGUAAUACAUGUGCAGCUGGAGCUGAGGUUGUCAAAAGCAUUGAGGAUAUGACAGAAAACCACAGUGAAGAAGCAAGCCAGUUGUCAGAGGCAGAACAGCAAACAAAGUCAGAGAUAGAGACAAAAAUAGACACAGCUGAGAACAUAGCUGGUCAACAAAACACACAUACCAUAUGGACAGGUACACAAACAACAUCCGAGAUUGAUGAGGAAAAGAAAACAGUUACCCAGGAUCAAUCAAUACAGGAUAUGUGCUCAUUGAAAAACACCCUGGAGGGUGAGAGUUCACAAGAUGAACAGAAUAAACGUUAUAGCACAGACAACCCAGAGAGAAACUGGAAUAAUUCAAGAAACAAAUCCUUUGAAUGA